AAUAACUCAGGAUCUGAGGGGAAAUGGCAAGGCGAGGGUUGCCAUAAUGACAGGAUUGGGUGGUCCUCAGAUAGUUACACUUAGAGCAUUCAGGUGCUUGCUGCAGGGGGAUCAGGAACUGAAGACCAGCCUGGGCUGCAUAGGAGACCUUGUCUUUGAGAAAAGAAUGCUGGACACGGUACAUGUCGUAAUAUCAGUCCUUGAGAGGUAGGGACAGGAUUCAAAGGCCAUUCCUGGCUACCCAGAAAAUUUGAGGCCAUCUUGGGCUACAUGAGACCUUAUCUCAAACAAAAGAUCAGGAGAUCUGUUUGCGGGGUCGAGGGCCUGGUGUUGUCUUAGGAGGAGCAGGAACUAACUGGGGCAGGUGCCCAGUGGGUUAGAGCACCAGUGGGUAGAGCACCAGUGGGUUCACCCAGGAGGCUGGCUAUAAGAGGCAUAGGAAGUAAAGGGUUUGGGUUUGGGCCCUAGGGCUGGGCGUCAACCCUGGGCCUCAUGCCUUAAGAGUCUCAUCUUGUCACAUUAUGAGGAAAAGCCCAGCUCCAUUGUGACCCGCUGACUCUCAGGACCCCCUGAGUCAGGCUGGCAGGCCAGUGAGCACUAGAGGUAGUGGGCUGGGGGCCUAAGGGCCCUGGUGGCCCUAGGGACCGCCAUGGCCAUGGCUGAGCGGCCACGGCCUGGGUGGGCCUCCUAUCAAAACCCCAACACCAACAACUGCCAGGACAUGGGAAACUCCAUUCUGUUGCUAUUGGGUCUCGUCAUUUGUAUUAACAUUGGCAUCAAUUUGGUGACCCUGCUCUGGAGCCGACUCCGCAUCAUCUUACACCGAAUGUUCCGUAUCAUUUAUGAGAAAGAAACCGCCAGGCUUUCUUCAGCUGAGAAGCAGACCUGCCCGGAAGUCCGUCUUCGAUGUACCAUGGACCCUGUGAAAAUGACCGUGACUCCCCCACUCGCUCGCCGGCAUCGCCACAGAGCCUCUCCGUCCCGGCGUGCCCACCGCCCAGUAGCCUGGGCCCCAGACACUGACGAUGAGAAAGCACCGCCACACCAGCACCCAGCCAUCUGCUCCCGCCACUGCGAUGGUCACAAGGACUGGGAAGACUUCCAAUCUAUGCAGGAGAUCUGGGAGCCCUGGACGCAAGACUGUCUGGAGCAGUCUCCCCAGACCAUCCGCUUCCAGCCAACAGUAGAGGGAAGGCCUCUCAAAACCGAGAUUCGGUCCGAGCAGGGCCUGGAGGCCUACGUGUACACUGUGAACCCCCCGCCCCGCAGUCCGGAGGCUCUCUGCCAUAAAAAUGACGGGGUGGGGCCGGGGGCAGGCGCCGAGGGUGAGCAAGGGCAGUGCCAGCCCCCCUCGCCGCCCUUUCUGGGUCCGGCCAACGUCCCUGAGAUAACCCGGCGCCGGUCCUCGGGCCGAAUAGUCUAUGAUGCCCGAGAGGUGAGGCGCCGGCUACGAGAGUUGACGAGGGAGGUGGAGGCAUUGUCUCACUGCUAUCCCUUGGUCUCCGGAUCUAGCGCCGCGGAGGGGACAAGCAGAGAUUGGGUGUAUCGUCCCCUGAAGGGAAGGUGACUGGGGACAAAAGAAUAAAUUAAAAGGAGAGAGGAAGAGGGCUGUGGUGGUAUGGAGGGAAGGACCUCCCUCGACUCGGGUCUACACAGCCCUGAGGACCCUUGUCACUCUUGCCCUCAGAGGCUCUUUUCUCAGGCCCUCGAUGGUAACAAGGCUCCCAACUGUCUCUAAGCCGCCAAGUCCAGCCAGGUGCCCAGAUGGUCCUGAACUCUAAAGAGCAGACUCAGGCCGCACGGCCCUAGCCCAGAGGUCCAGGGAGCCCGGGGUUAGCCUACAGGUCCAGCAGAAGCACGGCUCUAACGCUCCGGUCUUGUUGGGCAAAGAUGGCGGAGAGAGGGAGGCUCACUAGCCUCUCCAUCUCCCAGGCAGCACUGGAAGUUCCUGCAGCCCUUGAGAAUAGACCUAGAAGCAGGAGGUAAAAUAACAGGGGUACUCCCAAAUGGCGCCUUCUCACACCAUCUCAGCUCCCGUGUCCUUGUGACUCUAUGUCACAGAAAAAAGACGGAGGCUCAGGCCAAGGGCCAUGCUCGAGGCCACAGACAGCAGCCCUAAGGCUCUGUACCUCUCCCUUCCCAACCCCACCGCCCCCGAGGCAGACAGCUCUCCACUGCCGGGAAUCAGCCCAGCCUACGCUUUACUAAGUACCCUCUUCCGAAUACCCAUUCUCUGAGCAGCAGAGAAACUGGCCCGCUGCCCCGCUCUGGAGACGGCUGAGCGCCUCCUGCACACACACCGUCUUGAGAAGCAGACGCCACGCGAGUGCAGGCUGAAGGAAGCGGGCGUCACCUUCCACAAAGAUGUGAGCGUCUUUUCUACAAACCUCCCCAUUUGUCUUCGCACUCACACUCGACUGAAAGCAAGCAGUCAUGCACGCCUGUCCCCUGGAAUCCAGAAAGCUGUGACAGGAGGAUCACUGCAAGUUCAAAGCCAGGCAGGGCUAUACGGCUAGUUCUAGGCUAGACGGGGUGAGACACAGUAACAGCAGAGCAAACAAACCCCACAAAGAAGUUACUGAUCCUUUAGU